AUGGCAAGUAGCAUGAAAAUUACCAUCAUCGCCUGUCUUUGUUUCGUCGCCCUCACCGGCGUGAAAGGACAACCGAUCUCAUCGCCGACACUCGUAACGCAAUACUUGACGGUGGCGUGCAAUUUUUACGCCAAGGAAAGUGCCAGCGGUUGCGACUUCGAGAACGUGAUCGAGGAUGUGAAGGAGUACGCCGAGAACCUAGCAACACCUCCGAGCUUUCCCAAUUGGGAUGGUAAUCAGGUCGAGACAUAUCUGGACAUGGCCGAGAAGGGCACCGUCUACUGCACGGUCCAGGGAGGAGCCAUCAGGAGCGCAUGCGCAGCCAUGGAGGCAGUUUGCGGCCCUUCAAAGGUCAACCUCGUUCGGUGCCAAGAUGUCACACCGGCACCACCUCCUACCAAUCCUGCACCCAAUACUACCAUGUCUCUCCCGACCAACCAACCUCCUAUGACUGCCUAA